AGUAUAAAAAAUGUCAAAGCUUUCAAUUCAUUUGCCAUUUCAGAAAUUCAAACACUUUUCUAAAAAUAUAUCAACAUAUUUUGUUUUAAUAUAGAAAAGUCAUUACAAGUGUAAGAUUUUAGUGAGAACUAAUCGAAAGAAUGGCCAACAAACGCGAGGAAGAUGACAAAAGUGAUGAAGAUAAUUUGGACGAUGAAGAAUUGCCGGCAGCAAGGAAAAAAAAGAUAACAAUAAAUGCACCCGAAGAAGACGAAGAAGUGUCAGCCUCACCCAAAACUAGACUACAACUGGUUUUUUAUUACACAAAACUUGUAUUUCUAUGUAGCAUUUGGCUUAUAAUAGCAGUGUUACUGCCAACGAUGCCCUCUGAAAAGAACGACGGUUGUCUAACAACGAUUUUCCCGAAACAAACAAAAACCAUAAUUAUCGAUCCGAAGUUUACCACACGCGAUUCGCUAGGCAUAAGGGUGUACGGUCCCUUUCUUGUUAGUGCGCAUGCGACGAGUGUCGAUCAAGGUGCAAAUAAGCAUAUGAAAGUUACGCUGGAGAAAGUGCUUUACGCUGCGGAUGGCGAGAGUAUAACCAAUGUCAUAGUUGUUGCGAAAAUACAACACUUUUUGCUCAGCAUCAGCGAGCAAACAGCCCCUACCGCGCCAGUGAAGAUGUACGGCUAUUUUGGCUUAACGAAUUUCUCCGUGGCAGAAACAAAAAACAAAGUGCAACUGCGUUUACGGUUGGAAACGAACAUCGAUACAGAAUUGACGAUAAAAUAUUUUGUGGAACGCGCCUUGGAUUCGAACACUUGCAUUGUACUCGGUGCCCUGGUAUUGGCAUUCCUAUAUGUAUCGAUAGUUUGGGAGCUGGUGAAUCGCACCUUCGUCUCGGUGAUAGCGGCCACGUUAGCCAUUGCGAUACUUGGUUUUAUGCGGGCAUGGCCCGAUCUCACCAAAAUCAUAACCUGGAUGGACACAGAAACAUUAUUGCUACUCUUUGGCAUGAUGAUAUUGGUUGGCGUACUUGCGGAAUCGGGCAUUUUCGAUUAUUUCGCCGUGCAAGCAUAUCGUAUGUCGCGCGGUCACAUUUGGCCGAUGGUGAACACUUUGUGCUUCUUUACCGCCACGCUGUCGGCGUUUGUGGACAGUGUCACCAUGAUGUUGCUCAUAACACCGCUCAUUGUGAAGCUGUGCGAAGUGAUGCAGGCCGAUCCGGUUUUGGUGUUAAUGUUCCUGGUCAUCUAUGCCAACAUAGGCGCUGCUUCGACGCCAGUCGGCGAUCCGCCGAACAUCAUCAUCACAACGAAUUCGUUCAUUGCCUCGCAUAAUGUGCAUUUCGGCAACUUCAUGCUGCACACUUUGCCGUGCGUGCUGCUAGCAUUGGUGCAAACUUACAUACAGAUACGUUUGACAUUUCGGAAAUUGGGUGUACCGUAUAUGGCGGACGCACAGAGCGAAAUGCGCAUGGGUACGCAUGCGUGGGAGCGUGCCGCUGCCGCCAUACAGCCCUACAAUACGGACACGAGACAGCUGCGAGAUGUGCUUAUACAGAAAGCGCACCGCGUUAAGCGACACAUAAGAAGAAUAGGUAGACGCCGAACCACGACGGCCGAUUAUCAUGAGACGCUCGACAAUCUGCGUUCCUCCUAUGGCAUACGCAAUAAAAUGCUGCUCAUCAAGUCGGUUAUUGCAUUUGCUUUUGUUAUGACGCUGUUCUUCUUGCACUCCGUGCAUGGCCUACAUCAGUUAACGCUCGGUGAGUGCGCACUAAUGGGCGCGAUAUUACUGCUGAUCCUUGCCGAUGUGAACGAUAUGGAGGCGAUUUUAGGACGUGUCGAAUGGUCGACGCUCAUAUUUUUCGGCUCUUUAUUCGUGCUUAUGGAGGCGCUCACCGAGAUCGGCAUCAUAGCUGUGCUGGGGAAUAUGGUAGAGGAUUUAGUGCGUUCGGUGGAUGAGAAGCAACGCUUGUUUGUCGCCUUACAGCUGUUGCUUUGGGUCUCGGCAAUUGCUUCGGCAUUCCUCGAUAAUAUACCGGUGACGACAAUGAUGAUACGCAUUGUGAUAUCGUUGUCACAGAAUAAGGAACUCCAUUUGCCGCUGCAUCCAUUGGUUUGGGCGCUGGCAUUGGGCGCAUGCUUUGGCGGCAAUGGCACCUUAAUUGGCGGCUCUGCCAACGUGGUGACAGCUGGUGUUGCCGAACAACAUGGUUACACAUUCACUUUUAAACGGUUUUUCAUCGUAGGCUUUCCUAUCAUGAUUGGUAAUGUGAUCAUCACAUCUAUAUACCUUUAUGUGUGUCACAUCGUGUAUGAAUGGCAUGAUCCACCUAUAAGCUAAUUUCAUUAAUUUUAACUUAAGCAUGGUUAAGUUAGCAGCUAAUAUGUAUUUCGUUUUAUUUAUUAAUAUUUUAAAUACAUAAGUUAAACCAAAAAUUCACUCAGUUAAUAAGUUUUUUUUUUAAAUAAAGGCUUAAUGUCAUCAACACCAAGGCUUAUUCAUUUUGCAUAGUAUUAGCCGGUUGAAAGAACAAGUGAAGCAUUGUUCUUCUUCGAUUGGGUUUUACUUCAGAGAGAAGUUCUCCACCAGAUAGUACCGCAUUGAACAAUUUCAACAUUAGUAGUUCUGAAUUCUUAAAGAUCCUCAAUUUUUUUCAGCUUCCUCUAACAAGUCCUUAAAAAGCGUUCUUAUCAGAUUUUAUAACUUCGUUCGUCUAGAAAAAUCUUAACUUAGCAAGACUGAUCCUUCAUUAGAUUUCAGAACUGUCAAUAUUUUCGGUUUAUGGCGGUUUUGAGGAAGAAGAAAAUAUCUAAUACUUUAAGGGGUUACAUGUGUUUUGUCGGGUAAAAGAUGGCAUAUU